AGAUUUAUUAGAAAUUGGUGUUUAAUAUUUUUUGUUAUGCUGUAAUCGUAUAAAAUAUUUAAUUACUUAAUAAAUUUAAGCUCCGGUACGCAUGUAUAAUGCAAUUAGGUAGCAACACCGAGAAACUUUCAAUUUUAUAUACGUUUUCUAAUGAAUAGUUUUAGCAUACAAGUACUUUCAAACAAUAAGUCUUGAAACUUAACAUAUACCAAACGCAAUAUUUUAAAAUUCACACAAUAAAAAGAUGGCGAAGACGUACGAUUACCUCUUUAAGUUAUUACUAAUUGGUGACUCUGGCGUAGGGAAAACGUGUAUUUUGUUUCGUUUUUCAGAGGACGCAUUUAAUACCACCUUUAUUUCAACUAUAGGUAUCGACUUUAAAAUAAGAACAAUUGAAUUUGAUGGGAAGAAAAUUAAACUUCAAAUAUGGGACACCGCAGGUCAAGAACGUUUUCGGACAAUAACAACAGCGUAUUAUAGAGGUGCUAUGGGUAUCAUGUUAGUAUACGAUAUAACGCAGGAAAAAUCGUUUGAAAAUAUUAAAAACUGGAUUCGCAAUAUAGAAGAAAAUGCAUCCGCCGACGUGGAAAAAAUGCUUCUGGGUAAUAAAUGUGAAUUGAAUGACAAACGCCAGGUUUCUCGAGAGCGAGGGGAGCAACUGGCUAUAGAAUAUGGAAUAAAAUUUAUGGAGACAUCUGCUAAAGCAAGUAUCAAUGUAGAAGAAGCUUUCCUAACAUUAGCCAGCGACAUUAAAGCGAAAAUGGAAAAACGUUUGGAAGCAAAUAAUCCUCCCAAAGGUGGUCAUCAACUAAAAUUCGCCGAGACUAGGAAAACGGAAACCUGGCUUUCGAAGUGUAAUCUGCUUUGACGAGGUCAUAUUCGCACACCAUAAUAUAUAUAUAUAUAUAAUUCUCAGAUGUUUAAACGUUAAGUGGUUUUAUAAUAAAAAAAACGUUUAUUAAGGAA